UCCUCGGCCCAAGUCACCAUCUUCUUCUCUCCUUCUGCUUUGCUCUCUUCUCCCUUUCAUUUGAAAUCCCCAAAUCCCAAAUUCCAAUCAAAUCCCAAUUUCCCUGAAUCCGAUUUCCAAUUGAUCCCAAUGGCAGCUUCAUCCCCACGCGAAGAGAACGUGUACGUCGCCAAGCUCGCCGAGCAAGCCGAGCGAUACGAGGAGAUGGUUGAGUUCAUGGAAAAGGUCGUCUCCUCCCUCCCCGAAGAAGAAGAGCCCACCGUCGAAGAGCGCAACCUCCUCUCCGUCGCCUACAAGAACGUGAUCGGUGCUCGCCGUGCCUCGUGGCGCAUCGUCUCCUCCAUCGAGCAGAAGGAGGAGAGCCGCGGCAACAGCGACCACGUCGCCACUAUCAAGGAGUACAGGGCUCGGAUCAAGAACGAGCUCUCCAACAUCUGCGGUGGGAUUCUCAAGGUUCUCGAAUCCAAGCUUGUUCCUGCGGCCAACGUUGGAGAGUCCAAGGUGUUUUAUUUGAAGAUGAAGGGAGAUUACCAUCGGUACCUCGCCGAGAUCAAAAAUGGCGACGAGAGAAAGACCGCCGCCGAGGACACCAUGGUUGCCUACUCCACUGCUCUGCAAUCUUCCUUGGCAUGACCGAAAAGCUUUCG